CUUGCUCAAUGUCUUGAUUACGCGCCGAAGCACGCAAUGAACCUCUCAAUAUCGACCUUCCGGGACAUCCUCACAAAUUCAAAGCACACAAGAUGGAUUGCCCCAUUGAUGGUGCUCGGCGAGGCGGCGUUGUGCGCUUUAAUCAUCUGGAGAAUUCCAUACACAGAAAUUGACUAUACCACCUACAUGGCUCAAGUACGCAUGUAUCUAGAUGGCGAACGACGUUAUGACAAGAUCACCGGACCAACUGGGCCCCUAGUCUAUCCAGCCCUCCACGUGUACAUCUAUACAGCCCUAUACUUCCUAACCGAUGAGGGCACCAACAUCCUCCGGGCGCAGAUUAUCUUCGCCGGUCUCUAUCUGAUUGCCCUUGCCGUCGUGCUCGCAUGUUACAGACGUGUUGGAGCCCCGCCUUGGCUCCUGGUGCCGUUGGCUUUGAGUAAGAGGAUGCAUUCUAUAUUCUUAUUGAGGCUGUUCAAUGAUUGUUGGGCGACACUAUCACUGUGGACGGCCAUAUACUUGCUACAGCGAAGAAAGUGGACAGCAGGAGCUAUGGUCUGGGCGUUUGGUCUGGGCAUCAAGAUGACCAUUCUCUUAGCUGCGCCUGCUAUCGGAAUCAUCCUCUUACAAGCCCAAGGGACGAAGAGGGCCGUGAUCUGUGGUUGUUUCGUCCUGCUGGUCCAUGUGAACCUGGCCAUCCCCUUCAUCACCGGUGGCGCUGGUCUUCAAUAUCUCCAGCGAGCGUUCGAUCUUGGGAGACAAUUCCUCUUCAAGUGGACAGUCAACUGGAGGUUUGUGGGUGAAGAAGCCUUCUUGUCUCCUCAGUUCGCCAUCAGUCUUCUGAUCAUCCAUGUCUCUCUGCUCUUGCUGUUCUUGCAGACCAAAUGGACAAAACCAAGUGCUUCAAACCCGGUUGAGUUUUUCAGAGAAUAUGUUUGGUUCUCGGGAGAAAGUGAGCCAAUCCUAGCGUCAAGGAAGAUUGCUCCGACUUUCGUCAUGGACGCCGUCCUCGGAAGUAUGGUCAUUGGCAUGUUGUGUGCUCGGAGUCUGCACUACCAGUUUUUCGCGUAUCUGGGAUGGGCCACUCCAUAUCUUUUGUGGAGGGCGGGAGGAGGGCCUUUCUGGGUCUUCGUCAACUGGGCGAUUCAAGAGUAUUGCUGGCUUGUGUAUCCCAGCACUGACCUAAGUUCGGCAUUGGUGGUGAUUGAAAUGGCAAUCCAGGUGAUGUGCGCCCUUGUUGCUCCGCCGGUGGAUCACAUAAGCCGGCCUGCGAAGCUGCAAGGCAAGACGAGAUGA